CCGCGCGGGUCCCGACAGUGACAGCCGUAAUUGUUUAUUGCUGGCCGCCUCUGAUAACGAUGCGCGAUGCUGUACGUUGCUGAGCUUCUAAAGUUCUAACCUUAUAAUUCUUGAUUAUGCCGCUUGCUGUCGACGACCAUUUUGAUUUACAGAAUUAGUGCGUUGCUUCUUAGUCUUUACUCCUUACUUUGAGUACAAAUGUUUUUUUUCAUCGAAAUCUUUAUGACUACGCGCAUUUUACUUCUAUAAUAGGUACAUCGAUGUUGUAAUAAAAACUGUAAACAAUUAAACUCUAUAGCAGUAAGUAUACUAUUUGUGCGGUCCUGUCUACAAAGGUCACACCGCACACAAGAGUCGAAGUUAAGGAAAACGCUGUGCCACUUUGCAAAUAAAAUAAAUAUUUUUAAAGACGAAAAUAAGGAAAAAUAAUAAAAAAUGGAUAAUAAGCAUAUUAGUAAUACAACUGAACAAAAUGUUGUAUCCCAUGCAACAAUAGAUUAUGAUUAUAGUGAAAAAGUUUUUGAAACUAUUAUGACUAAAUUCAAAGCAGAAAAUGAUUCACAUUUUCAUGACGAAUCAAGUGAUUCUGAAGAUACCAGUAUAGUUUAUCCUUCUAGUUCUCCUUUGACAGCAUUGCCAAUUAUAUUAUAUGAAAAUAAUUCCUCAAAUGAUAAUACUACCAAAUCUAACGGGAAUAAAAAUAUUGUUCGUGCAAGUCCACUGAAGUUAAAACGUACAUUAAAAAUAAAUCCAUAUUUUCGCAAAAGGGAAAAAUCUUCCAGAAAAAGUUGCAUAAAAAAUGUUUCGUCAGAUAAGCAUAUAUCUGAUUCUGCCGGUUUAUCAGAUUCUAUCAUUUUAUCAGAUUCUGAAAGUUUAUCAGAUUCUAUAAUUUUAUCAGAUUCUGGAAGUUUAUCAGAUUCUGAAAUUACAGUACGUAAUACUAAUAAUUUAUUAGAUUCUGAAAUGUUUUCUGAUACUGACACUGAAGAAAUAUUUCCAGCUUGUGAAAUAAAAGAAACAGACUUUUUAAUAAUUGGGCCAGAUGAUGAUUUGAGUUUAGAUUCAAACUGUGAAUUUAAAAAAAAACCAGAUCGUGAAAUAGAAAAGAGUUGUAAAUUUGUAUCUGAUAGUGAGAAAUCACUAGAAGGUAAAAUUAUAUUGAAUAGUGAAAAUAUAUUAAAUAGUGUAAAAGACUCAAAUUUUGAAAUGGUGUCUGAUGCUGAAACUAAAUCAGAUACUAAUGAGCAAUCCUAUAUAAAUACCUCUGUUACUAAAGAGGAAUUCAAUUAUAACAAAUUAUCUACUUUCAAAAUUGUAUCCAAUGUUCAAAAUACAUUGGAUCAUGAAAUAUUAUUAGAUGGGGAUAAAGUCUUAGAAAUUGCAUCUUGGAGUGAGAAAAGAAUGAUAAAUUAUAAAAUUAUAUCUGAUGAUGAAAUUAAACCUUCAGGAUAUAAGGGACUCACAUGUAUAAUUAUAUCUGAUAAUGAUGAUGAAUUCCGAAAUAAAGAAUUUUCUACCUACAAGAUUAAUGUUAAAAAAGGAUCAAAUAGUGAUGUCAUUUUGGAUGGGGAAAAAGUCAAAAUUGUGUCUAAAACUGAGAAUAGAGAAGUAAAAUAUGAAAUAGAACCUUUUGAUAAUAAGAAAUCCAACAAAUGUAUAAUUAUAUUUGAUGACGAAAAUGAAUUUAUUAAUAAAAACUUAUCUACCUUCAAAAUUGUAUCCAAUGUUAAAAAAGAAUCUGACUAUGAAAUGUUAGACGGUGAUAAAGUUUAUGAAAUUGACAUUGAGAGUCAGAAUGAAAAAAUCAAGUAUAUAAUUUUAUCUAAAGAUGAAAUUGAAUCUUCUGCUAAUCUCAGAUCCUCGAUUAUGUUAUCCAAUAACAAAAACAAAUUCAAUAAUAAAAAAUCUACAUUCAAAAUUGUAGUAAAAAAUUUUCAAAAAACACUAAAUCCUUUUUUGUCUCAGAGUGAGAAUGAAGAGAAACAAUAUUUUAAAAAAGUUUCUGAUAUUAAAAUUAUACUUAAUGAUUCACUGGGUUUAAAAACAUUAGAUGAUAAUAAUACCAUUAAUAAUGAUUCACAAUUACAAAUUAAACAUUCAUUAAAUUCAUUUCCUUGUUUAGAACUGACUGUUAAUCAAAAUGGGGAUGCUAAACAAAAAGAGUAUUUUAAAGAAUUUUACAAUAUAAUUAGAGAUUAUAUUGCAAAUACGCAAAACCAAUAUCUCAAACAACUAUACAACCAGAUAGGCAAUGAUGAAGACAUGCUUCUAUAUCUGAUGGAAACCUUUAGAAUGUUUUACAACGGAGAACUGGUUGUUUCUGAAACAGCCGAUGAAUUUUCUAAAGAAUAUUUAAAAGAUCAAAAAACAGCUUUAUUCAAUUGUUUUGGUGACCCUAAACAUAAUAUUAAUGCCUCAAAGCCGUUUAUUCACCCGUCAUCACAUUUACAUCGGUACAGUAAACGUUUAUGUUCUAAUGUUGAACCGCUUAAAAUCAAAGAAAUCACAGAUACUAAAAGUACAUCAACCAGAAGUAAUACAAUUGCUUCACCAAAAAAUAAUGUUGCCUCAAACAAAUGUGUUAAAAGUAAAUUUAACAACAUCAGAACUUCAAAAUUAUUACCUUUAUGCAAUACAGUAAAACCAAAAAUUAAUCGUUUCUUGUCAGAUGAUAAUCUAAAAUUAGCACAUUUAUCUGUAACUAAAACAUAUAAUUUUCAAUUGCCAAUAGCGAUUAAAAGGAAAACACAACAAAAAUAAAGUUUUAUUACCGCAAACAUGUAAACUAAAGAAAUAAAGUUUUAUCAACUCUAAUAUAUAAACUAAAAAGCAGCAACUGCGGUGGGACCUAUCAACUAUAGUAUUGGCCAUAAAAACUUGCGGAUGAUUCAGUAGCGUUUUUUUCUGUAGGGUUAUAGUAAAUAGAUAGCCCUAACGAAAAAACGCCAGGGGUGUUAGAUUCCUCUGCACGUUUUUGUGGCCCGUACUACAAAACCUCCAGAUCUCUUAUGACCUAACUUCAUUGGACCUUCCAUAAAAAAUGUAUAUUGAUAUAAUAAUUCCACUAAGUAUAUAUUGUUAAAAUAAAUUGCAAAUGAUAGUGUAAAACUUGCUUUUGGAUAACAAUUAUUUUACUUGUA